AUGGAGACACAGGAUUUACAUCCGCAGAUAGGCAUCGGCCUGUUCACGACCUACGAGCCGGGAAAAGACUGCUGGACAGGAUCGGGUGGACUUGCUAGCCACGCCAUGUGUUGUGAUCUCUCUAUGUCCGAAUACGGCAUGGGAUCUUGCUGGGAUGGCUGGCGCUACACUUUUGACCGCUGCUGCUUCCUGGGCGAGGCUCCGGCAUUCCGGCCACCAGCGAAGCCACUUCUACGGCUGCCCAAGGAACCAGCGGCACCGAAAGCGGGCAGGGGCGUCGCUCGGCCUUCAGGUGUGGAAUGUUGGCAGAGCGACUUCACUUUCGCAUACUGCUGUAUGGGCGGGGCGGCUGCCUGCUGGGACGAUCAGUUCACUCGAGCCGCCUGCUGUGAUGGACUCGCUGAUCCAGUGGAGGCUUGGAAGGUGACAGAUGCAUCGGAUCCUCAGGUGAUCUGUCUCUUGGACACAAGGAAUGUGGCUUUGGAUCUGGAACAGACUCCGAAGCAUUGUCCGAAAGAGCGCUUCUUUCUUCUGGCGUCGUUGGGCCCUCCGGUGAUCGAAGAGGACUGGACAGGGACACCCUGGUUCCGGAAACCGUGGAGUGUGGAGGGUCUGAAGCGGGAAUCGAUGCAGCGUCUCCAGCCAGUACGACCUAGCAGGACUUCCUUUGUUGGCGGCCUUUGUGUGCCAGAGCCAUGCUCUUUGGAGACGACGGCCGCUUACCUUGCCCCACGCGUUGUGCCUUGGUGGCGGGCUCCUCGACCGGAGCCGCAGCUGCUGAACGAGACUCACUUUUUGCUGCCACCUCCGCUAGCUGCCAAACACAAAGUCUAUCGAUCAUCGCGGCUCAGCUCCACGUGGACAGCUUGGGUCGCCCCGCGGCCCACGGAUGCUGAUGUCUUCGCUGAACAGCUGCACGGCUGGGAGUUUGCAAUCCUCGAGCACGGCAAGUACAUCAGCGGGAGCAUCUCUGGUCUCAUCACCGUGACACUAAUGAUUCUUGCAACGGCUGCUGCUGGUCUUUUAGUCCCGAGGCAAGCAUCAGAGUUUCCACCCUCCCUCGCGCCGCAGUUUCAUCUGCUGCGACUCGGCCUGGCCCGAGGGCCACGGGACCUGGACGUUGCGAGGCUGUGGCUUACGGUCGUUGUGAUGUUCAUCCACGUCGUCGACCACGGACCCUGGCUUCCCGUCACCCAGCACACGAGCGGAGCCUGGCUCGUGCUCCUCAGCAGUGGCCUGAACCGCGUGAACGUGGCCUUCGUGGUGCUCCUGGUCCACCUCAGCAUCAGCCGCAGGUCCUUGAAACAGGCGAUCUCCCUGUGGGGCUGGGUCAGAGGUCUGUUGCACCACAUCUUGAAGAGAUGGCUUGUGAUUUCACCAGUGGUCUCAUUCUGGAGCUUCGUUUUCGUUCACGCGCCCUUUGCGGAUGUUCCCAUGAACAACGUUUUGAAGUCCCACGCGCUGUUUCACCACUACAGCGCGAAGCGAGAUGAGUGUGAGCAUCCGCUGCAUUUGCUGUCGAGCUCGUUCUUGGUGCAUGGGCCGCUGAUGGGAAGGGCGUCGCCUUGCAUGAAUGCCGACAUCUUCGAGAGUUUGUUCCAAGUGGACGUUGUGGUGUUCGGCUUGCUCUCUGCAGUGGGCCGUUUCCGUGCUGCCACCGUGGCGCACUUGCUGUGGGUGCCUGCGGUGAUUCUGAGCUAUCACACAGUGCCUGCUGCCUCCUUUAACGGAGCCGGUCACCACUUCACUGGUCUGCUGCCCGCAGCACUUGCGACAUUGGCAAUCUCUUCCUGGCUCAGCCCUUACGAGCUUCAGCUUUGUCCUCGGACGCGGGCGCCCUGUCGAUACGCUCUGCGAAUUCUUGCGAGCACAUGCAUUGCAGCAACUUGCUUCCAGGACGCGCUUACUACCGGAGGCGAAUUCGUAUUUCCCUUGCCUAGCCUUGAGGGUAUGGCAAGCUUCCUCAAGGCGCUGCAUCCAAUAAGACAGGAGCAAUAUGUGAUUUUCUGUCAUUUGUACGAGCUGGUGUUUGUGCUCGGACUCGUUAUCCACUUGAAGCUGGGCUGGCAAGCGCAUGCCCAACGCCAGGAGCCCUGGUCCGCGCUCCGCUUCCUCUCGCGGCUCAGCCCCGGGCUCUGCCUGUCGAAUCUCUUUGUUCUACACUUUGCUGGUGCGUAUGUUCUCGAUGAGCCCAUCGAGCUGUCAGUAUUCGUGUGCUGUGCAUACCUGCUGAUGACGUUCUCGCUGUCGCUGCUCGUGUCACUCUUGCCUUUGUUCCUUGUGGAAGGUCCCGCUGCCUGCUUGCUUAGCAAUGGUCUUCGUCAGGAUAUGACGGUGCUGCCAGCAGCCGCGGCGGCUGCUUAG